GCAAUAGAGAAUUAGUUCGUGGCCAUGAAAAGCCAAGUCUUCGUCCUUGGCCCAGGCUAUGUUGGACGUGCGAUUAUUGAUCUCCUCCAUUCAGAGGGCAAGUACGAAAUAACGACUCUUGUGCGGACAGAAAAAGCUUUGAAAGACCUCAGUGAUGACGGCGCGAAUACAGUGUUGGGUAGUUUGGAUGAUACAAAUCUCAUCGAGCAACUAGCUGCACAGAGUGAUGUGGUGUUCCAUACAGCAACUUCAGAUCACUUGGCGUCUGCUCAGGCGAUUUUACGUGGGAUUGCGAAGCGAGCGAGUCAAGGAAAACACACCAUCUACCUUCACCAAAGUGGCGCUAGCUGUCUGAGCGAUCAGUCCGCUGGAAACAACCCGAACAAUGAAGUGUACUCGGAUAGCACCACGGCGCAAAUUGAUACUCUUUCUCCCACGGCACCCCACAGAAAAAUUGAUCUAGCCAUUGUGGAAGAGCGACAAAAGCUUGGUAGUCUGGCUAGAAUCUUCAUUUGGAUGCCCCCAAUUAUUUAUGGUAAUAACGGUAAACAUAAACGUAUUUCCAUUCAGAUUCCAGCUUUAACCCGAUUUGCCUUAAAAAAUGGACACGCCGGCUACGUCGGCACUGGGAAGAACGCUUGGAGUUUCAUCCACGUCCUUGAUCUCGCAAAAGCGUACACCCAAGUCCUUCAUUGGCUUGAAACUGCCCCUAGAUCUGACCUUGGUCUUCAGAAUCCAUACUUUUUCUGCGAAAGCGGCGAAAUAUCGUGGGCCGAUGUUGCCUCCAUGAUUGGAAAGAACCUCUACCGUGCCGGUCGAAUUGUCAGCCCAGAGCCACACGUUAUAUCAGAUUCAGAGUAUGUUGACUUAUUUGGCAAGUAUACCCCAGACAUAGUGGGAUGUAACUCUAGAAGUAGCGCCGACAGGUUGAGGCUAAUGGGCUGGAAACCCGAGCAACCUGAUGUGCAGGAAGCAUUCGAGAAAGAAGACUUGCCUCUUAUACUGUUGGAGAGUGGAAAGUUCGAGCCUCCUAACAUUACCCUUUCGUAACCCGUAUUUCGUACGAAAUUAGCGCCAGCUGACAUUUAACUACAACU